CGUGAAACAUCUGAGCUGUUUCUAAACUAAAAAAGAAUAUGCCGUCAGAUCAUCAGAAGAAGAGAGCCCAGAAGAAGAAGGAGUUGGCCAAGGCUAAGGGUGGAAAGAAGUUGGAUGCUGGAGAUGAACCCGAGGAGGUUGCCUCCACCAUCGUGAUCACGAACGGAGUCUCUAAAGAAAAAACUCCUGAUGUUCCUCUCACCUACGAGGAGGAGCUCUGUCUCCGCCUCCAGGACGAAGCAAGGCUAGCAGCUGAAGCUCGAGCUUGCACUGGAGUCCUUGGAAUCCAUCCUCAGGCUAGAGAUAUCAAGAUAGAUAACUUCUCCGUCACCUUCUACGGGGCUGAGCUCUUACAGGAUACUAAGCUCGAGUUGUCUGUAGGAAACAGAUAUGGAUUGAUCGGAGUCAACGGAUGCGGGAAAUCCGCUCUGCUCGCGGUUCUUGGAAACCGAGAGGUUCCAGUCCAGGAUCAUAUCGAUAUUUAUUAUCUAGAUCGUGAGGUUCCAGCUAGUGAGAAAACUGCUCUCCAGGCUGUAAUGGAAGCUGAUGAGGAACGGAUAAGACUGGAGAAACUAGCUGAAGAACUUGCCACCCGUGAAGAUGAUGACAGUCAGGAGUAUCUUAUGACGAUUUAUGAACGUUUGGACGAUUUAGGAGCCGAUACUGCCGAAUCCAAAGCAUCUCAUUUACUUAGUGGUCUACAGUUUACGUCAGCUAUGCAGAAUAAGAAAUGUAAAGAUUUCUCCGGAGGAUGGAGGAUGAGGGUAGCACUUGCGAGAGCCUUGUUUAUUAAACCCCAUUUACUUCUGCUUGACGAACCGACUAAUCAUCUGGAUCUGGAAGCCUGUGUCUGGCUUGAAGAAGAACUUAAGACCUAUCCUACGAUCCUAGUGCUGAUUUCUCACUCUCAGGACUUUUUGAACGGAGUGUGUAACAAUAUUAUGCAUUUUGACCAAAAAAAGCUGAAGUUCUAUGGUGGAAACUACGAUACGUUCAUGAGGACCAGGAUGGAGUUGGAGGAAAGUCAGAUGAAACAAUAUCAAUGGGAGCAGGAUCAAAUAUCUCAUAUGAAGAACUACAUCGCGAGGUUUGGUCACGGAAGCGCUAAACUGGCAAGACAAGCCCAGUCCAAGGAGAAGACCCUGGCGAAGAUGGUUGCCGGAGGUCUCACAGAGAAGGUGGCGAACGAGGUCUCCGUCUCCUUCUGCUUCUACUCUUGCGGGGAGAUACCCCCGCCAGUCAUCAUGGUUCAGAACGUAAGUUUCCGAUAUAGCGAAGAUACUCCGUAUAUCUACAAGAACCUUGAGUUUGGUAUGGAUCUGGAUACAAGGUUGGCUCUAGUUGGACCUAACGGAGCGGGAAAAUCAACCCUGCUUAAACUUAUCUAUGGAGAUUUAAUCCCAACUGAGGGGAUGGUGCGUCGACACAACCAUCUGAAGAUGGCCCGCUACCACCAGCACAUGCACGAGCUGCUUGAGAUGGAUUUGUCCCCCCUGGACUACAUGCUUAAGAAGUUCCCGGACUUCAAGGACAGAGACGGAAUGAGAAAGGUUAUCGGUCGGUAUGGAAUCACUGGUAAAGCGCAAACGGCUCCAAUCAAACAGCUCUCUGACGGUCAAAAAUGCAGGGUCGUCUUUGCUUGGCUUUCCUGGCAGGUUCCUCACAUGUUGCUUCUUGACGAGCCUACUAACCAUCUUGACAUGGAAACCAUUGAUGCUCUUGCAGACGCUAUCAACGGGUUCGAGGGAGGAGUAGUCCUUGUCUCUCAUGACUUCAGGCUCAUUGAUCAGGUUGCGGACAAGAUCUGGAUCUGUGAGAAUGAGAAGGUGACAGAGUGGGAGGGAGAUAUCCUCAGUUACAAGGACCAUCUCAAAGCGAAGGUCAUGAAGGAGAGCAACAAGGACGCUAAAAGUAAAAAAAGGUUUGACAAAAUCUGCACGAGGAGCCUGGUAGAGCAAGAUUUCCUUCUAUCAAACCUGUAUCUGCACCUAGAAUAAUGUUUCACAUUGAAAUCCGCCAAGAAUCCUGGACAAACUGAAUAUUGUUUACUGACGUAUACUAUAGUCGGAAUAAAGCUCAGAAAUUGUGAA